AUCACGGUGCAGUGCUCUUAUUUUCUGCUGGCUUGCCCCAUUACCACGGAAAGCAAUGAGCUAAACUGAAACAUGCAUUUUGGAGCUGCCUUACUAAAACUGAUAUGUGACUCGUAUUAAUACCAACAUAACAUGCAAAACAGGCAAGUCCAAACAUUUUAAUUAUGGUGCUCAAAAAGCCCCACCUGUCCUGAAUGACGGGUCGCCACUGCGGAGGCUACAUGCUGUGUGAUCUUCCCACUCACUGAAGCUUGCCUUCCUAUCUGGAAGAUUAUCCGCUGAAAGCAUGGCAGAGAAGGUCCAGCAUUGAUGGUAGACGUCCCAAUAUGUCCAUGUCCAGAAUUGCGCUGGUGGGGAAGACUGGCUCUGGGAAGAGUUCAUCAGCCAACACAAUCCUGGGGAGAGAUGCCUUCAGAUCAGCUGUCAGUGGGUCCUCUGUCACCAGAGAAUGUUCUAAAGAGACAGGGGAGGUGGGGGACCGAGAGGUCACCAUAGUGGACACACCUGGCCUGUUCGAUACUUCUCUCUCUGAGGAGACAGUAAAGAGAGAGAUAGCUAAAUGUGUCAACAUGUCAGCACCAGGUCCACACGCCAUCAUAGUUGUGAUUAAAGUAGGUACCUUCACAGAGGAGGAGAGAAGUGCAGUGAAAAAGGUUGAGGAGAUAUUUGGGAAAGAUGCUAAAAAAUACACCAUGAUCCUUUUCACCCAUGGAGACAAAGUUAAAGGGGGCAUUGAAAAAUGUGUGGAGGAAGCUGGUGAAGAUCUCAAACUGAUUUUGAAUACAUUCGGGAAUAGGUACCACAUCUUCAAUAACAUGAAAACAAAUGACCGUACCCAAGUCUGUGAGCUGUUUGAAAAGAUUGAUGGCAUGGUGGCUAACAACAAUGGGGCCUUCUACUCGAACUACACAUACCAAAGAGUUUCCAAAAUGCUUGAGGAGAGAGAGUCAAAGCUCAAGGAGGUAUAUGAGAAGAAACUGCAAGAAGAAGUUGAGGCACUUCAAUCAAAAUAUGAUGAAGCUCUGUGUGCACUGCUGGCAGAAAACCUGACUCUAAAAGGGGCUGAAAAGGAGGGCAGAAACAGACAGCGUGAGAGAACUCUGAAGAGAAGGGACAAUCACAUUCAAGAGACAAAGAGAUUUUAUGAUGGUUUAAAGAAGAGAACGCGAUAUGUUGUAGAGCAAGUGCCAGACACGGAGGACUUUGAUGACAUUGUUGGGCAAUACCCAGAGACCCUGUCCUUAAAAUGGAACUAACUACUGUAUAGGCCAAGUAGUGGUAAUUUGCAGUGAAUGCACAAUUGAUGCGCUGGUAAACUACUUUGUAGCACAACGUGAUGAUAGGGCCGACUGUAAAUUUGAAUGAUCUUUAAAUAAUAGCAGAAUCACAAAUGAUAUGUGUACAUUUGGUAGGCAUGUUUCUCAUUUUUCUAAAGCAAAUGGCAAUUCUGUAACCUAAGUCUAAGAAAAAAUCAUUGUUGCCUUGUUGAUACAUUUUUAUAAAAUGUUAUAAUCCAAGUGUUGUCUAUUUUUUUGGUCACCAUUAAAACGUAUUUGAUGUGC